AUGCCCCUUGCCCAAGUGAAAAAGGCAAAUGUGGAAGUGACCAUCAAUGCGCCGCACAAUGUCGCAGCAGCUGCGUUCAAGGAGUUUGUUGUCAUGUUCGUCAAACAGCUCGACAAACUCUGGGCCGACUGCGAGGAGCGCAUCAAAUUGUCGGAGGAGGAAGGACGUACGCAGGUCGCUUUUUUCGAUCUCACUAUCAACAAAGACGACAUUGAGGUGAUACUCCCCGAUCGCGGAUGA